GCCUGGAGCUAAGCUGUCGGGGCGGGAAUCGGUAAUUUAAGCGAGUGCGGGUUUUGCAUCAUAUACAUUUUUAUAGAGGGGGUAGGUUUUUUUAUCUUUCGGCCGGAAACAGACUUUUAAAUUUAUAUUUGGGCCGAACAGAGCUUGUAAUUUAGAAUCAUGAUAGGAAGGAUGAUAUAGGUGAGCGUGUAAUUUGCCCCUUUCUCACAGCCGCCUGUUUCCACCUGAUCACGAAAUCAUAUAUCACGUGAUGCUAUAUCUAUAUUUCAACCUCCCAAGGUUCAAGUUCAUAUCUUUGUUGCCUGAUGUUCUGAUACAUUAAUCAACAAUGCCACGCCUCUCCCCGAGCCUUCUCCAAGCCCACAGAUUCACAAUCUCAAGGCCUCUAUUCGCUAUCCCAAGGCACCCACGAGCCCACUUCCCCUCCCCCUUCCGCCUCCCAACCCGCGCCAUGUCCUCCACCACCCCACCUCUCCCCGCCAUCACCGUAUCCUCCAACUGCGACCCGGACACCGUCACCGCGGCCCUCCCCCCUCUUCUCGAGCGCUGGUCCUUGACAUCCUCAAACGCCGGUCUCCAGCGCUCUUUUAAAUUCAAAACUUUCAAGAACACAUGGGCCUUCAUGGACGCCGUAGCCGCUGAAGCAGCAAGGACGAAGCAUCACCCCGAGUGGUCUAAUGUCUACAACACAACCCUGAUCCGCUGGACCACCCACCACCCCCCCGGCCUCUCCUCCGCCGACAUCCAAAUGGCGCAAUUCUGCGACACCUGCGCCGCCGAGCACGACGAGCUCCCCGCUGAGAAACCCCCCGCGGCUGUGGGCACUGAUGUCCCAGCUGGAGAGGGGGGUCCGUUGGAGGCGUUGGCGGAUGGGGUGGUGGUUGAGGGGGGGGAGUGUUGUGUGCCGAAGUAUGCGAGGAAGGGGGUGGAGAGGGUGGAGGGGGUGGUGGGUGAGGAGUUGCAUGAUAAGGGUCCGUGA